CGGAAAGGAAAAGACACAAGAUCGGAUUACAAGAUGGCGGACAGCGGUUUGUAGAGAGGAGGUCCAGAUACACUGUUUUUGUGUCUGUAACAGUAGAUUUUCACUUUGUUGGUUCAAUCUUCCAUAAAAUACUGUUACUGUAGUAUGCUCGAGAGCCUGUUCUUUUACAGAACUGUGUACAACAGACUCAAUUGGGUGUUUGGAACAUGCGGGUAGAAACAAAGUUUAAAGCUCUGGGUUAAGAAAUAUAAUUUAUUAGAGGGUGAAGAAGUGGGGGAACCAUGUCGGAUACUCGGCGGCGUGUGAAAGUCUACACGUUAAAUGAAGACCGACAGUGGGACGAUAGAGGGACUGGACAUGUCUCAUCCACCUUUGUCGAACGGCAGAAGGGUAUAUCUUUGUUGGUUCGGGCGGAAUCGGACGGUUCGAUUUUGUUAGAAUCCAGAAUCAGUCCCAACACCGCAUAUCAGAAACAACAAGACACAUUGAUUGUUUGGUCUGAAGCAGAGAAUUAUGACCUGGCUCUCAGCUUCCAGGAAAAGGCAGGCUGCGAUGAAAUUUGGGAAAAGAUUUGCCAGGUGCAGGGUAAAGACCCGGCCGUGGAGAUCACUCAGGACCCCAUCGACGAGUCGGAGGAGGAGCGCAUGGAGGAGCUGCCGGAGACCAGCCACCUGGUGGACCUGCCCCCCUGCGAGCUGGCCAAGCUGGAGGAGCUGGCCGACCUGGUGACCUCGGUGCUGUCCUCGCCCAUCCGGCGCGAGAAGCUGGCCCUGGCGCUGAUGAGCGACGGCUACAUCAAGCGGCUGCUGCAGCUCUUCCAGGCCUGCGAGGACCUGGACAACCGCGAGGGCCUGCACCACCUGCACGAGAUCGUGCGCGGCGUGCUCUUCCUCAACAAGGCCGCGCUCUUCGAGGUCAUGUUCUCCGACGACUGCAUCAUGGACGUGGUGGGCUGCCUGGAGUACGACCCCGCCCUGGUGCAGCCCAGGCGCCACCGCGACUUCCUCACCAAGACCGCCAAGUUCAAGGAGGUCAUCCCCAUCACGGACUCGGAGCUGCGGCAGAAGAUCCACCAGACCUACCGCGUGCAGUACAUCCAGGACAUCAUCCUGCCCACCCCCUCCGUGUUCGAGGAGAACUUCCUGUCCACGCUCACCUCCUUCAUCUUCUUCAACAAGGUGGAGAUCGUCAGCAUGCUGCAGGAAGAUGAGAAGUUUCUGACGGAGGUGUUUGCACAGUUAACGGAUGAAGCCACUGAGGCAGGGAAGAGGAGAGAGCUGGUCAACUUUUUCAAAGAGUUCUGCGCUUUUUCACAAACACUGCAACCACAGAACAGGGACGCCUUCUUCAAAACCCUGGCUAACCUGGGCAUCCUGCCUGCUCUGGAGAUAGUGAUGGGUAUGGAUGACCUGCAGGUGAGGGCAGCGGCCACAGACAUCUUCUCCUACCUGGUGGAGUUCAGCCCGUCCAUGGUGCGAGAGUUCGUCAUGCAGGAGCUCCAGCAGACCGACGACGAUGUGUUGCUGAUCAACGUGGUGAUCAAGCAGAUGAUCUGCGACUCGGACCCCGAGCUGGGGGGGGCCGUGCAGCUGAUGGGCCUCCUGCGGACGCUGAUCGAUCCGGAGAACAUGCUGGCCCCCACCAACAAAACGGAGAAGACGGAGUUCCUGAGUUUCUUCUAUAAGUACUGCAUGCAGGUGCUCACUGCCCCUCUACUGGCCAACACUGCUGAGGAGACCUGCAGUGAAGAUUCACCGGAGGGAUCCACCAAGAUCAACCCGGUGUGUCCCGAUAACUUCCAGACGGCCCAGCUGCUGGCGCUGAUCCUGGAGCUGCUGACCUUCUGCGUGGAGCACCACACCUACCACAUAAAGAACUACAUCAUGACCAAGGACCUGCUGCGCAGGGUCCUCAUGCUCAUGAACUCCAAGCACACCUUCCUGGCCUUGUGUGCCCUCCGCUUCAUGAGGAGGAUCAUCGGUCUGAAGGAUGAGUUUUAUAACCGAUACAUCAUUAAAGGGAACCUGUUUGAGCCGGUCAUAAACGCCCUUCUGGACAACGGGACCAGAUACAACCUCCUCAACUCUGCUGUCAUCGAGCUCUUUGAGUUCAUCAAAGUGGAGGAUAUCAAGACCCUCAUAGCGCACAUAGUGGACAACUUCUACACGGCGCUGGAGUCCAUCGAGUACGUGCAGACCUUCAAAGGUCUGAAGAGCAAGUACGAGCAGGAGAGGGAGCGGCAGAACCAGAGACUCAACAGGUACCGGCGAGAUGCUCGGGCUCUGGACGAUGAUGAAGAAAUGUGGUUUAAUGAAGACGAAGAUGAUGAUGAUGAAGGAGAGCCAGUCGUGGAGAAGAGCAGGUCUGAGGAAGACUUCCCAGAGAGCUAUGGGAAAUUUAUCCAGGCGAAAAAAGUCUCUCUCUCCGCAGGGGCAGCUAACGGCUCUAACGGCGCUAACGGGAAGCCCGCGGUGCCCCCGCCCUCUCCCGCCAGCCCCAACAGCUCCAGCGCAAAGUCCACCCUGCUGCCUGCCACGCCCAUGGCCAAGACCGCGCUGGUGGGGCUGGUGGAUUACCCCGACGAUGAAGAUGAGGAAGAGGAGGAGGAAGAGUCCCCACGGAAGCGGCCUCGUUUGGGAACAUAGAGGCGGAGCGCCCCGUUCUGGUCUUUGGUCCGACAGUGCCACUGUCCCACUGCCCCCCCCCUGGACUGCGAGACCGCCCUCCCCCCCGCACGGAGGAGGACCGCCAGGCCUCGCCCCUCAGGGACCGCACUUCCACCGCCUCUCCCCCAUAGGCCAGGGCAGUCCGGCGGGCGGGGCCAGCGCCUUGGUUACGGAUGCCUGACUGGCUUCAGAUCCUAACACUCGGGGAGGGGGGUGGGUAGGGGGGGGAUAGGCAAAAAAAAAAGUAAAAAAUCGAUAAAAAAUAAUAAAACAAAAAUAAACCGAUCUUAGUUCCCAAGGAGCAGGACUCGAAACUUUGAAACUGGGACAGUUGUUGAGCCCUGUCGGAACUGCGGCAGCCAGGAAUUCUGUAUUCAUAAUUUUAUUAAAGUACUGUACAGCGUGUUUUUUUUUUUUUUUCCUUUUUUUUUUUUUUUGUUUUAAAUCAUUUUGCCCCCUUUUUUUGGAAGAUUUUACAAGGGGGGCGGGAGUUGGACCUGCCGGUGCGAUUUUGAGCACGGGUCGUAAGGAUCGGCUCCCCCUCAUUUUAAUUCAAACGUCGGGUGAUUUGUAACGCGCAGAGCUGCGACGCCGCUUUUAAUAACUCGUGGAAACCGCAGUACAGAAACACCGCAGGCCCCGCGGAGAACCCCGCGGAGAACCCCGCGGAGAACCCCACGGAGAACCCCACGGAGAACCCCGAGGGCCUCUGUUCCGCUCGACCCGGGUUUCUCUGGCCCGUGAGAGGUGCGCGUUUGUUCAGGGAAAGUCUCGUUUUUAAUCGUACCAACGGGGGGUGAGGGGUCUUCACGCAGCCCCCCCCCCCCAGUGCUGUGCUGGGCUCUGGGGCGCACAGGACUGUCUGAACGAGUGCUGUUCUGAGUGUUACGAUGCAGGCGGAGCAGGUCGGGGAGAGGAGGGCGUCCCCCAUCGACACCGCUUACGAAAUCAGGGGGCACCAGACCUUCCCGUCGACUGCUGGGUUUCUGAGCAUCGGGGGAAACGAACAAGCAUCUCGUUCUGAACGAGCGCAGACUGUGCAGAGGCUAAAUGCUAACAUUUCCAAGAGGACGACAUUUAGAGAAAAUAGUUUAUUUUUAUUUUUUUUGGCCAUAGAAUUUUGUACAAGUGCGUUUACUACCACUAUCUCCAUUCUACAUCAUUUGUAUACAUUUGAUAUUUGAAAAGAUUUCAGAUUAAAUGUGACCCUGGCAUUAAAAAUUCUAACCUAGUCUUAUUUUAAUGAUUGAAGUUUUCGUAUUUUAAUUUUUUGUUUUUAACUCGCUGUCUGCUGCAUUGGAGGUGUGGUGUAUAGGACUGCUGCCAUAACACUGUAAAUGUUUGUAAAAUAUCCAAGCUGAUGGAAGUCAAAUUACAUUUCUAAUUUUGUACAAAGAUCAUCGUCAUCUGAUCACACAAGUCCGUACGUUUUCCAGUUAGUUCAAAUAUAUUAAAAGGAAAAUGACCUUG